GAGUUGAACGUAUCUCUAGAGCAGCAUCUUCUGCAAGUUCUUAACCCUCUUCCCACUAUCCUACCCGACGACCUAGCUGCAGAAUUGUCGACCUUCAUAUCCCCAUCAUCAAGCAUCGUCAUUCCCUACAACGUUCUCCUCAAGAUAUCCCAAUGGUCUCGCUCACCAGCAGGCCUCAAAGCCCUGCAGAGCUCUUCCUUGGUUCCUCAGUCUUAUUCCAUGGUCUCUCUGCUCGCUGGCACGCGAACAUCACCAGAGAAAAAGUUUCCUGCAUACGUAGUAAAUGAUCCACAAGCAGAACGCCGGCGGGCAGCAGAUGACAGGAAGGCAGUGUCUACAGUCGUUAAUGGCAUCCUCGGCGUCGCAGGAACCGGGUUUGCGACAUGGUGGGCAAGUGAACAUACAGGCCUGCGACUUGAAUGGAGAGCAUUGCUUGCAACAUUUGCUGCUCUUGUCGUUGCCUUUGCAGAGGUCAUUCUGUACAUGAUAUGGGACUCUCGUCAAUCA